ACAGAUCAUCCACCAUUAGAUGGAUAGACACUAAGGGUCGUAACAAGAUUGUAAUGGAUAAUAUUCAACCGGACAGCAUUUCGGAUGGUUACAGUGGCAGAAGUUAUUCUCACGGUUUGACUAGCCCAGUUACUACACAAGAUGGUGGAACAGAUCAUUCUAGCAUUAAGACUCCACACGGCAGACAAUCCAUAAAUAAAACCAAACAAAGAAAGAGAAAAGGGCACCCUGUGAGAUAUGUUAUCGAGGAUUCAGCCUGGGAAGGAGAGCAUCUUCCAGACACAGAAAUGUAUACGUGCACAGGUGAGACAAUAACUACAUCCAGUAAUAUGGAGGAAAAGUCGUUGAUUUGUGAGGAAAAACAUUUCACUACUGAGGAACAUGUGACCUCACGUGAGGUCGGACAUGUUAAAGACGACUGCAACCUGAGCAAACAACAAGUACAGACUAAAGGUACAGCAGAUUAUAAGAAAGGUGAAGAGUCUGUCACGCAUGCAGGAGGAAGUGUCAUAGACGGCGCACAUACUGGAACGGCAUUGGAUCUACACAGCAUUAUAAUGUCAGACAACACUAUGAGUGACUGUAAUUCUCGUAAUGAGGCAGAAACCAGUACUGGGGAUCGUAUAAACCAGAUGCGCUGUUCUUAUGUAUGCUCUUAUUGUGGCAAAUCCUAUAACCACAAAACGCACUUCAACGUACAUCAGAGAAUUCACACGGGAGAGAAGCCGUUUUCCUGCCCCGAAUGUGGCAAAUGUUUCAUACGGAAGUCAGAACUAGUGGCGCACCGACGAAUUCACACGGGAGAGAGGCCUUUCGCCUGUCCUGUCUGCGGGAAACGGUUCAGUAACCGCUCCAAUGUCACCGCGCAUCAGCGAAUUCACACUGGGGAGAGGCCAUUCGCUUGUGCGGAUUGUGGGAAGAGGUUCACGGAUCGGUCAGGCCUACACACGCACCAGAGAAUUCACACAGGGGAAAAACCUUUCACGUGUUCUGACUGUGGGAAACGUUUUGCUAACCGCUCCCAUCUUACUACGCACCAGAGAAUUCACACAGGAGAGAUGCCGUUUUCUUGCUCUGAGUGUGGGAAAUCUUUUACCAGUAGCUCAAACCUUGCCACACAUCAGAGGAUUCACACUAAGCAGAAGCCAUUUGUAUGUGUGGAAUGUGGGAAGUGUUUCGCCAGCAACGGAAAUCUUGCGACUCAUCAGCGCCUUCACACGGGAGAGAAGCCAUUUUCUUGCUCCGUCUGUGGUAAAUGUUUUACUGAUCGCUCUGCACUCUCUAUACAUGAAAGGACUCACACAGGGGAGCAGCCCUUCCCGUGUCGUCGAUGUGGGAAGUGUUUUCCCAGUCGCUCCCAUCUCGUUGCACAUGAGAGGAUUCAUACGGGAGAGAAGCCAUUUUGUUGUGUGGAGUGUGGCAAAUCUUUUAACAGUAAGGCCAGCCUUAUCACACACCAGAGAAUUCACACGGGAGAAAAGCCUUUCUCCUGCUCCGUUUGUCAGAAGUGUUUCACAGAUCGCUCUGGUCUUAUCGUACAUCAGCGGAUUCACACGGGAGAAAAGCCAUUUUCAUGUAGUGAGUGUGGUAAAUGCUUCACUGGUCGAUCAGGGCUAGUUACGCAUCUGAAGAUUCACAAGGGCGAGAAACCCCACAAGUGUUCCAAAUGUGGGAAAUGCUUUGUGUUAAAAAGCUACUUGACUCGUCAUUUGGUAACUCAUGCAGCAGAGAUAUAUUUGGCAUCUUCAUAGUACUGUAUAUAAAAAAAGAAAAAUUACAGUAAUUUCAAAUGAGAGCAUUCCCUUUCGAGUGUGUAGUGAUGUCACUGGUUAUGCUCUGGUAGUACAAUCUGACAAUUUCUACAGAGCACUGCUGUUACCUAGGAGCCUACAAGCCAGUCUUUGAAGCUUUAGGCAUCGGCCCACUGUACCUCGUUUCCUUCCCUAUUCCCUUGUGAUUGGAAAGUUACUGCAGUGUAAAAUGCUUUCUGUAUGCAUCCACUGAGUGAGGCAAUAAGCUGGAUAUUGUCAUUUUAAACACUUCAGUUAUACAAUUUGACCUAUUUGAAAUGUAUUCUUGUCCACUAAUGAGUUUAUUUGCUCUUUAACCUUAAGAGUCCUCAGGGUCAUAACCUCUUUGCCUAUUAUUCACUGAAUCAAGGGCGCAGCUACCAUAGGUGUAGGCAGUGCAGCUGCUAUGGGGCCCAGAGCUGAGAGGGGCCCACCUUUCUUGUCACAGUUACAUGUGUUAUAUACAUUUUUCACCAUUGGGUGGUACGUAGGGGUCCUUUCAAACUUUUUCCUUGGCGCCUGCAAUAUAUCUCGGUAUGCCCCUGGACCUGCUCAUUGUAGUGUGGUAUAAAAUGAACUGGAGGGCAUUUUAAUGUUAUAUAAUAUGAACCGUGGCACUACAAUGAGGCGCAAUAUGAACGGGGGGGCACUAUAUAUCAUAAUGUGAAUUGGUGGUACUGUGUGGCAUAAUGUGUACUGGCAGCUAUGAAAUGUGACAUAGGGUGAACUUAAGCACUAAUACGAUUCAUAAAAGAAACUAGGGCACUACUAUGGGGCAUAAUAUUAACAACUGCUGCAGAGAAGUGUCUCUCUAGAAGCAUUGGGACGGGGGCCCCUUCAAAAUGUUGCUAUGGGGCCCACAAAGUUCUGGCUACGGCUCCGCACUGAAUUGUUGUGUGCAAAAAAUGGUAUGAUGAUAUAGGAAAAUGUUUUAUUUGCUGGUCCCAAGAGCCUUAAAUAAAAUUAAAAUAAACUUUUUCCUGAAAACAUUUAAAUGAAUUCUACCAGUACCAGGGAUUCACAAUGUGAUGGAGCUUAUGGAUUGUGUUGUUCUAGUAUAAAGCUAGGUACACACUGUCAGAUUUGUUAUGGUCGGCCUGACAAUUGGACAAUUUUUCAGGAAAUUGUAGGCACCAAUAUCUGAGCUACACACUAAAAGAUUUUUUUUCAGUUACCAAUUUUCUGACAUGUCACACUGCAUUUGCAUAUGUCUGCCCACAAGGUGGAUGACAUAGUGACAGGAAAACAUAGGAAAUAUGGGAAGAAUAUUUAAAAUGCACACACUGCUAGAUAUUGGGAGAUUGUGGCCGAGAUUUUUGGUUUAGGACGAUAGAUCGUAAAAUCGAGCACUCGUGUGUGUGUGUGUGUGUGUGUGUGUGUGUGUGUGUGUGGGGGCAAGAUUUUCCACAAUUAUCAGCGAAAACGUCGACACGAUCGUUCGUACACACUAUACAAUAACUUUGGCCGUUCUUCCAAUUAUUGGCAAAUCGGCCCAAUAAUUGUAUAAUGUGUUGCCUAGCUUAAGCCUACUACCACUAACGUAGAACGGAGGUGGGUGGUUGUAGCGUGAUCAGGUGUCCACUGCACCUCCAGAGUACACCUUAUGUUGGAGUUAUAUGCGCAGGUCAGCAUGGCGGUGUUUGUAAAGAGAGCUACAUAACUAAUAUAACACAAGUAGUUUAUUAAAUACAUAUGAGCCAUAUGAUGGGAGAUGCCAUGCUUGGCACAUGGGUAGCAAUUCUUGCACUGACUGUACUUUUUUUUUUCUAAGUUUAGCAUCUGUAUACAUAUAGGGGGUAAUUCAGAGCUGAUCGCAGAAGCACACCCCAUCCAAAUAACUCACUCUGCACAUGUUACAUCCCCCCCCCCCCCCUUGCAGUGCCAUGGUUUUGCCCAUUAGAGGAAGAUUUUGCUGCUGCAAUCAGGUCUGAAUUAGGCUCAUAGAUGAUCCACCCGCUGUUCUGCUAAUAAAGGAAAAACUUCUAUAUACUUUAGUACUCUCUACAGUAUUAUCAUACCUCUCAACAUGACCCUCUCUCCAGGAGGGACAGAAUGCUCUGCUCCUGGAUUUCCCUCUUAAUAUAUGAUUGCCGACACCUGUAUUGAACAGGUUAAUGGAUAAGAAAGGUAUUUCAGCACAGGUGAUGGUAAUCGUAAAUUCAGAGGUCCAGAAGCAGAGCAUUGUGUCCCCCCUGAAGAGGGUCAUGUUGGGAGGUAUGGUAUUAUUGUACACUGUCUGAUUCUUAUUAACCUAUUAGCCAAACAUUUACACUGAUAUUACUGUUCCCAACACUACGAUAUGGCUGGGUAAGGCACUAGGUCCAGCAGAUUAUAGCGCUGGCCAUAGCAGAGACAUAGAACAGGCUCCUGAUUAAACAAAAUAUUUGAGGGGGGGGGGGGGAUAUUCUUUAAUAUAAAACAAAUAAAUCCAAAAAAUAUUCUUUAAUAUAAAACAAUAAAUAAAUCCAAAGCUUCUUAAAUAUAUACUGUAUAUCUAAGUUUUGUUUUUGUUUUUUGCAAGAAUCAAUCACCUAAUUUAUUUAGCAUUUUGUGCAAUUAGAUUUUAAUUUGUAACUAUGGAGGUGGCAUUCUGGAGGGUUCUUUUACUUUGUGUAUUUUAAUAAAAAUGUACGGAAGCUUUCCUUUUGGA